AUGAAGCUGAACGAACGCAGCGUGGCCCACUACGCCACGUGCGACUCGCCGCCUGACAAAACGGGCUUCCUCUUCAAGAAGGGCGAGCGCAACACUGCGUAUCACCGCCGCUGGUUUGUCCUCAAGGGCAACAUGCUCUUCUACUUCGAGGAGCGCGAUUCCCGAGAGCCCAUCGGCGUCAUCGUCCUGGAGGGCUGCACCGUGGAACUGUGCGAAUCGGCCGAGGAGUUCGCCUUCGCCGUCAAGUUCGACUGCGCCAAGGCUCGUGUGUACAAGAUGGCGGCCGACAGCCAAGCGGCCAUGGAGUCGUGGGUCAAGGCGUUGUCGCGGGCCAGCUUCGACUACAUGAGGCUGGUGGUCAAGGAGCUGGAAAGGCAGCUGGAGGAGAUCCAGGAAGCCACUGGGAUAGGCCUGCAGAACAGGUCCAGGUCUGCAAAGCGAGCUGCCAAAUCUAGAUCUUCUUCUUCGUCCUCAUCCUUGUCCACAUCGUCGUCCAGCUCCGGGCAAAAGAAUCACCAGGAUGAGGUCCAGAUCAUGUCGGGAGGUCCAAAGGAGAACGGCGUCGCCUGGAGCAAGCCGUACUUAGCUAACGGUUUGUCCGAUGGGGCGUCUUCCUGCGUGGCCUGGGAGGGCGGAGCCGAAUCCGAGAAUACUCACAGGGCCAAUGGGGUCAGGGCUCCCCCUGUUCCCCCCAGAAGAAGAGGAGCCUCUCUGGAAAGCCCCUUCUCCCCCGGCACAGGAUGCUUCUCCAAGCUCCACGAUUGGGCGGAGGCAGACAUCGGGGUCUGUCCCCGAUGA